AAUAAAUAUUACCUUUUGAGAGGCGAGCGCGAGCAGACAUCAAAAAGAUCUUUAGCAUGGCUGAAAACGCUGCACACGUAACAUCAGCAAUCUCGGCUUCAUUGCCGUCAAUAUUUGAGGUCCUUGCACAGGACAGUUUGAUGGGGAGCGUCAGACCAGCGUUAAAACAUGCAGUAAAAGUACUUGCUGAAAAUAGACCUGAGAAGUUUGGAUUUCUUUUGAGAUGGUAUGAUGAAAUAUAUACAGGACUGGAUUUCAUUCUUCAGAACUACUACCUUCACAAAUACAGUGCAUCUUUUGCUGAAAAUUUCUAUGGCUUGAGAAGAUAUGCAAAUGGAAAUGCACAGACUAAGAACUUAUCAAGAAAAGCCCAUUGGAAAUCACUUGUAUGCCUGGUAAUUUUACCUUACUUGAAACUGAAGUUAGAUCACUGGUUUGAAGAGACAAGACAUAAUCUGAACACAGGCCAAUUACCAAAGCGUCAAGCAAUGAAGAGGCUGUACAGAGUUUUUGUAGCAGUAUAUCCUUACAUCCACAUGAGCUGGGAGGGCAGUAUGCUGGCGUAUCAGGUCGCCUACAUGUUUGGUAAGACCUCCUGGCACUCCCCUCUCCUUCAUCUCUCGGGAACCAGACUGUCUCAUGACGAGGAAGAGGAGGAGGAAUCAGACAGACUCUCGUUCUCGGACCAGUGGUCAUCUUCCAGUUUACCAGGCAAGCUAAACCUCACCACAAGAAAAGCCUUGAGUGUCACAGCUGUCACCCUGUCCACAGGUCUGUCUGUGGGGGUGUUUUUCCUGCAGUUCCUGGAGUGGUGGUAUGCUAGUGAUAACAAUACUCCCUCACUGAUGGCACUGCCUGUCCCUGACCCCCCUAAGACUGACAGAGACUUGAUAAAGACUUCACAUGAUGUUUGUCCGUUAUGCCUUAAAGUUCGUACAAAUCAUACAGCUCUCUCUACCUCAGGGUUUGUCUUUUGUUAUCCCUGUAUCUAUGAUUACAUCAAGCAGCACAGAUGUUGUCCAGUCACUAGUUACCCAUCCAGACAGGAGCAUCUGAUCAAACUCUACCCUCCAGAAUCCUAAUGCAGACAGGAAUGCCUGAUCAAACUCCAUAUUCUGGAUAUGGAUAGGAGCAACUGAUCAAACUGUAGACUCCAGAUUCCUAAUCCAGACAGGUGCAGGAAUCCAUAAAGGAAUGCCUGAUUAAACUCCACCCUCUUGAUUCUUAAUCUGGAUGCCACUGGAUUCAGAUAUCUGGAAACACUGGAUAUUUAUAUCAAUCAAGCUGUGAUAAGACUGUGAUUAAUUCAGUCUGAGUGAAUGAUUUCAUCAUACAAUUUUCAUUUUAAGACUGAGCGAUGAUUUUUUUUCUGUGAUGACUUUUAAUUUACAUUUCGCUGAUUUAUUUAGCUGAUCAAGUAUGAUAGAGAAAACUCUUAACAGGUACAUACAUCUAAUAAAUUUCUACAUAUGAAGUCAUUUGGGAAGAUUUUAGAUAGAUCAUGCGUGCAUAUUUUAGGGUAGGAUGAGGUGGAUCGAAUUUGAAAUAUAUGCCUUUAUUUACAUCUAUUGAAUAUUUGUGUGCAAUAAUUUUAUAUGUGAAUUAUACAAAUGCCAUAUAUUUUUGAUCCUUUUUGACAAUUUUGAGUAAUUCUGAUUGGAUUACUGGUUAUGAGCUAUUUGCUAAGAGAGAUCUCAUGUUUGUUAUAUUUUCAGGUAUACCGGUACUUGUUUUUAUAGACUGUGAGUAUUAAUUAAAUGAAUGAAUAAAUUAAAUGAAUGCAUGGAGGAUUAGUUAUCUUACAAAUCUUUUUUUACUAAUUAGUCUUUGUUGAAUU